AUGGCGUUCUUUAGGCAUGGUGCAACUGACAUUUCUUUCUAUCUGACUUUCUUUCUUUUAAUUUCUUACUUUUUAAAAAUCUCUUCUUUUCUAAUUCCAUUCUUUCUUUCUUUCUUUAAUUAUUUAUUUCUGUUCAUUUUUCAUCUUACUCUCCUUUACUUCCUCAACUCUCUUUUUACUUUCGCUGUUUCUUUCUUUCUUUCUUUCUUUCUUUCUUUCUUUCUUUCUGUUAAUUUUUCAUCUUUCUUACUCUCCUUUAUUUCCUCACCUCUCUUUUUACUUUCGCUUCUUUCUUUCUUUCUUUCUUUCUUUCUUUUUUCUUUCUUUCUUUCUGUUAAUUUUUCAUCUUUCUUACUCUCCUUUAUUUCCUCACCUCUCUUUUUACUUUCGCUUCUUUCUUUCUUUCUUUCUUUCUUUCUUUCUUUCUUUCUUUCUUUCUUUCUUUCUUUCUUUCUUUCUGUUAAUUUUUCAUCUUUCUUACUCUCCUUUAUUUCCUCACCUCUCUUUUUACUUUCGCUUCUUUCUUUCUUUCUUUCUUUCUUUCUUUCUUUCUUUCUUUCUGUUAAUUUUUCGUCUUUCUUACUCUCCUUUACUUCCUCACCUCUCUUUUUUACUUUCCUUCUUUCUUUCUUUCUUUCUUUUUCUUUCUUUCUUUUCUUUCUUUCUUUCUUUCUUUCUUUCUGUUAA